UCACCACACAGGAAGUCAUUUUGGGUUACUGCAGUGGGCUGCGUAGCUGCGGCGCUCAGACUCGAGGCAGCCCAGGUGUUUCUGCAUGUCGAUAGGAGGGGAAGAAAAGCUGCAGGCGUUCUAUUUCUGUAACCGAAUUCAUGCGACCGAGUUGGCAGAAAUUACCGGACACCCACUGACGCAGGUGCGCUGGUUGUCUUCUGAGAAGCUGCAGAGAGAGAGAGAGGGAGGGAACAGCCAUGAGUCUGCUGUGAUAAUGGAUCGCAGCAGGGUUAGCAGAAGCAGAAAUCUAAGAUGUGGUAACUACAACAACAGCCUCACCGAGUCUGAUUACGACGUGGUGGAUGACCAGAAGGAAGUGCUGAACGUGUGCAUACUUCCUGCGAGGCCCAUACACGGCGAGCAAGAGUACGCAGACAGGAGUUUUCCAAGGUCAUCGUCGGCUCAGAGCCUGUCGUCACUCUCCUCAAGCAGCUCCAACCUCCGCCUGAGAGAAUUCCCUCGACCAGGGCCGGCUAUCAACAGAGACCUGAAGCCGGGUAGAAGAAAGACCAUAUUCGAGAGAAGGCCUGCACCUCCCAUCAGGAGAGCAGCAGACCAGCACUCACACAGGCACUCUCCAUCACCUCCACCUCCACCUCCACCUAUAUCUCCACCACCCUUCACCUCAGAGUUGGUGAACCACCUGCCUGGGCUGACUCUGCACGAGCCCCGCGGUGAAGAUGGGAGGAGAACAACUAGACAAGCAGAGUUCAGUCCACAUUCCCACGGUCUACAGCGAGCGGACAGCGUCCAUCAUAACAACCAGAGACGUUCUUUGGAUCUGGAGACUCAUGAUAUAGAAUUGAGGUCACAACAAAGCCUUGAAAGAGUGGCAUCAAAACGUCUCCACCACGAGUGGCCUCAGACCAAAGAAGACAUCGACCAGCAUGAGUUUGUUCCGAUGGAAAAGCCCCAACAGACCUCCUGUGAAGAAGACUGGUAUGUUGGGACUUGUAAUCGAGUGGAGGCUGAGCACGCCUUACACCUGGUGAACAAGGACGGGGCCUUUUUGGUACGAGACUGCUCCGUCAACACCAACAGCGAGCCCUUGGUUUUGUCUGUGUAUCACGAGAGGAAGGUUUACAACGUUAAAAUCCGGUUCAUCGAGAGCACGGGAAAGUUCGCCCUGGGAACAAGCCAGCGAUCCAACGAUAUGUUUAACAGUGUGGCAGACAUCAUCAAGUUCCACUCCAUUUUCCCAAUAAUCCUCAUCAGUGCCAGAAAUGCACCCAGAUACCCAGAAAACUGUGUUGUGCUGACAUGUCCGGUAACGAGAAGGGAUGUGGACCAGCUGCUGCAGUAACACACACACACACACACACACACACACUCCAGGAGAGAGGAUAUGGUGAAUCCCAUCUGGUUUGUCACAACCGAUUACAUCUCCAUGUUUCCCCAAAACAUCCAAUGAAGUUCAACGUGAGCAUGUGAGGAAGAAGCUGACUGUGUAAACAAAUUGUCAAAGUGUUUGUUUGUAUCAAUAAAAACUUGUUUCCUGUGUUUUA